CACGUAAUCAACGUCAGCGAAUUAACAACCAAAUGCACCAACAUCCCAUCGGAAUGCUAUCACCAUAAUAUAUCACGUCGAUCGGAUGCAACAGGAAGCCAGCACUCAUGCAGGCACACUGCACAGGAGCCGCUGCCGCUGCCGCUCAUACCCAUCAUGAUACCGUCGUCCUCGAUCCGCGCGGCCACCACCUCGAACCUCCGAUCCGACUCGAUUCCGCGAAUAGACAGUAGUGUGAAGAGGGUAGAGGGAAGCAAUGGGGGUGAAAUCAGACCUAGGAAUCGGCGGCUGGCGACUGCGGAGCAGGAGUUGGUCAGUACGAGUGCUACGAGUACGCCUGGUGGCAGCAGGGCCGUGAGUCCGAUUCCGCAGAAGCAUCCGAGUAGGAGGGUCGAGAGGGGAGGGGGGAAUGGAAGGGGUGAAGGGAGUGGGAGGCCAGUUGGGGGGUUACUGGCUCCGCCGAGGGAGACGGGAGGCAGAUCGAGUCCGAUCUCCACGGGCGUGUCGGGCAUCUGGUGGGGGGCUUUGCAGGAGCUUGCCAGUUCGGUGCUUGGGGGGGAUGUGGCCGAGGAGGAAGGGGCUGAGAAUGGGGAGGGCAGUACUUGGGGGAAGAAGAAGGCGGCAAGUGGGUUGGGAAGGAUGAGGCUGCCGGAUGCUUGGGGACCGGAGACAGGGUUGCCGAAGAAGAAUGAUGGGGGCACUGGCAUAGGGAGUACGAGUGAGAGGGAUGCUAAACUGAUGCAGAGGAAGAGGCGGGGUGUCUUGGAGGGGAAGGACGAGGAUAAACAGGUUAUGGAUACGAGUGGGAACUAUAAACGGAGGACAUCGACGGAAGAAGCAAGGCCUGGAAGCUCGCAGGAAGACGACUACGCGCUGGUUUAUAUACAUCAUGUCAAGCCCCACGAUACACUGGCGGGUGUGGUGCUGAAGUAUAACUGUCAGAAGGAGGUAUUCAGGAAAGCCAAUCGAUUCUGGCCCAACGAUUCGAUACAGAUUCGCAAAACCGUUGUCCUACCGGUUGAUGCUUGCACGAUAAAAGGACGACCUUGCGAACCACCUACCCCGAACUCUCCUCAAGGAGUAGAUCUCCUUGCUCCUACACCAGCUAUCGAAGAUCCUCCCUUCUCGAAUGGAAGCACAUGGCCAGGAGCCUCGUCGUCACAAAACGGGACGUCUGCAGAACGUCCCGAAGAUACUGAACACCCUUGGACUCACGUCCGCUGGGUUUUACUUGAUGCAUCGCCAAAUUCGAAACCGGUCGAGAUAGCACGAAUGCCUCAAAAAACAUUGGGAUAUUUUCCGCCUCGGCGAAGAAAGAGCCAAGCCACACUUUCCUCAGUCUCUACACCUCGUGGAUCCAUGGAAUUUCCACGAGUAUCACAAUCUACUUCGAAUGAUCCUUCCAGCAGUACAGCAAGUACACCGUCACGACGAACGAGUAAUCUUGGACCUCGACCUCAACAACCUAUGAACACCAUUGGAAGCUACUUUCCUCCUGUGCAACCCGGCACUCGCACACGCCGCGAAAGCGUGAGCGAAGCUGCGGGUCGAUUAGGAUGGUUCAGUGGCCCUGGUGGCGUUGGUACAUUUGAGAAAAACGUGAGGAAACCUGGUCCAGCACAAGACGGCUUGAACAGCUGGGCAAGAAAACACAUGCCCGGUCUGGCUAUUGAUUCUCUGCCUUCCACCUCAAUAUUAGGCGCGGAGACUGCUCAUUUUGGAUUUACCGAUGAGCUGGCUAGCAUAGCUGAAGGUCCUGUCAAUGGUAGGGCAGUUAGUGGUACUAGCACCCCUAAAGGCGGCCAAGGUCUCGGUCUCGAGAAUGCAGCGUCUGUACUCGAAGGUUGGGUACGGAAACUGGCUACCAAAGUCCCUGGAACACCGAAGAUAGGUGGCAGGGCAGAUCAUCCGGACCUCAUCGAACUCUUAGACGGAGCAGGCAGCGAUGACGGAAGAGCAUUCGACUUAAACCCUGGUGUUGGGAGGAGUUCAGCGCCAGCAGGUACAGGGAGAGAAGAUCUGGAUGGGAUGAUUAGAGGCAGAGCGACUGCUGGUGCGAAAGGGGGCAAGAACGAUUGAGUGGGUGCGCGAAUGUUGGAUUUAGGGGACACGGUAUGCAUGAGAUGAAGGCGCAUUUGGACACGGCGUUGACUGAGCGGACUUAUUCUUUUCGGGCUGGUUUCUUGAGACCGCUGGGUUGUUUGAAUUUGAGACAUAGCGAGAGGGUGGCAGAUGACACUGAAUAAGGUGUUGAUUUGAAAGUGAGAAAUGAAAUUCAUUUCGAAAUUGAAUUGUUCAUGCUUGU